CCAGUGGUGAGACUCACACAGUGCGAACGACCGAUGCUGAUGGAAAGACAGCCGCUAGCGCGGAGAAUAAAAUAAAACAUGUGUCGAAGGAGCAUUUUCAUUGGUCGCAGUUAGGCCUGGCCGUCCCAUAUACCCUGUGUAAAUCAGAAGUGCGUGGCAUCCAUCCAUCUUAUUCUACUUCCUCACCAUGUUGUUGUACCGUGAUAUUCUUAGCAAGGACGAGUUGUUCUCUGAUGCCUACCCCCUUAAGCUCGUCGAUGACUGCGCCUAUGAGGUCGACUGUAAGAUGAUCACCGUCACCGAAGGUGAUGUCGAUAUCGGUGCCAACCCCUCCGCUGAAGACGGUGAGGAGGCUUCCGAGUCUUCUUCCCAGACUGUCAACAACGUCGUCUACUCCUUCCGUUUGACUGAGACUUCCUUCGACAAGAAGUCCUACAUGACCUAUAUCAAGGGUUACAUGAAGGCCAUCAAGGGUAAGCUCCAGGAAUCCAACCCUGACCGUGUCCCUGAAUUCGAGAAGAAGGCUGCCACUCUUGUCAAGAAGAUCAUUGCCAACUUCAAGGACUACGAGUUCUACACUGGUGAGAGCAUGGACCCCGAUGGUAUGGUUGCUCUUCUUAACUACCGUGAAGAUGGUAUCACUCCCUACUUCACCUUCUUCAAGGAUGGUCUUGCUGAAGAGAAGCUUUAAAUCACAUCAUAUACAAAUAUUGGUGCAUCCAAAAAAUCCAAUCCACAUUUCUUUUUAACAUACAGCGCUUUUUGUUGCUGAAAUUUUGACCCAAUAAAAAGCAUAUUAAGACGUUGGUCAUUGUAAUGAAAAUAUAUUUUUUAUUUAUAAGUUGUGUA